AUGUCAGUGAGCAACAAUGCACCAGGAGCAAAUCAGAAAACUUUGGAGCCUCAACGACAUGGCGAUACAUCUGUCAAAGUUAACGUUCGUCUAAUCUUUCUUCGAAUAGGUGAAAUUGAUACAUUGAAUGAAAAAUAUCAAGCACAAGCAUCAAUUAAAGCCUGUUGGCCAGUUGAUUUUAAUGAACUAUCAUCAUGUCUUUCUCAUGAUGAUCAGAAACGUUUAAUUGAUGGUAAAUCUGUUUCACUUCCUAACUACGCUCAAUCAAAUUGGCAUCCACAACUUUUUAUUGAAAAUGUUAUGGGUGAAUUAAAAGAACAAAUAAGAUAUAGUGCGAAAAAAUCAAAACAAGAUAAUCAAAUCUAUGUGUUCGAAAAUCGUGAUAUCAAAGGCUCAUUCUGGGAAAAACUUGAAUUAAAUCAUUUUCCAUCUGAUGUUCAAGAUUUAUCAAUUUCUGUUGGAUCAAUGCUUUUUUCUGAUAAGGUUCUUUUAGCGCCUGAUUCAAAACAUUUGAGCGGAGUAAACCGAGAAGCAUUCGUAGAUCAACAAGAAUGGUCUUUAUAUGAACAUGUUGAUACUCAACAAAGAUUUGUUACAGAAUUUCUUUUCGGUGAUGAUGAUGAUGAGGAUGAUGAUGAUAAUGCUGAAGAAGAAGAUGAUGGAAAUAUACAUACAAGUGUAGAACAUCAUGUGGAUAAUCAAUUAAAAAAUACAGACGAUACGGAUGAUCGAAAACGUUCUAUUUUAACAGUUACUUGUCAUGCAGCUCGCCGUUCGCACUAUUUCUACUGGAACGGAUAUUGUCUCAUCUUAUUAAUAACUAUGGUUUCUUUUUGUAUCUUUUCAAUUCCACCACAUUUUACAGGCAAUCGAAUUCAAAUCGUAUGCACACUUCUUUUGACUUCCAUUACAUUUCGUUGGACUGUAAAUCGAUCGCUUCCAACUAUUUCUUACUUAACAUCAAUGGAUAAAUAUGCCAUAGUCUGUAUCUUUAAUCUAGUAGCACAUGCUGUUUGGCAUGCUGUUAUUGGUUUUCUCAUAUUUAUAAACACAACUAGUCCCACUAUUGUAUCAACAUCUUGGUUUGCAAAAUUGGAUCAAGCUGCCUUUUGCAUUGCUAUUGGUGUCUUCUUUAUUCUUCAUUUUAUAUUUAUUAUUUGGCUAUUUUUGGUCCCUCUCAAACACCGUAAACAUAUGGCAGACAAGGAUGUGCAAUACAGUUUAGACAAGAAAAACAGACGAAAGUGCAAAUCGGAUAAAACUCAAAAGAAAACAUCUUCUGGCUACACAGCAGUACCAGUCGUGAACAUUGAACCUAUAUAA